UAUGUUCGCAUCGUUCGUUCCAGAAAUCGUAAACAUUCUAGGAACUAGAAGUAAAUAUACUGGCACAUAUAAGAAGGAACAUGGAAAACGCCAUAUUAUCGUAUGUGGUCAUAUAACUUAUGAAUCAGUAUCCAACUUUAUGUCAGACUUUCUUCACAAAGACCGUGAAGAUGUUGAUGUUCAACUUGUAAUUAUGCACCGCAAAGAGCCUGAUUUAGAGUUGGAAGGUCUAUUUAAACGACAUUUCACUCAAGUAGAAUUCUUUCAAGGUUCAGUUAUGGAUUCGAACGAUUUGGAAAGAGUUUCCAUUAAGGCUGCUGAUGCUUGCCUAGUUUUAGCUAAUAAAUACUGCGAUGAUCCCGAUUCUGAAGAUGCAACUAACAUAAUGAGAGUUAUUUCAAUAAAAAAUUACCAUUCGGAUAUAAAAGUUAUCAUUCAGCUAUUGCAGUAUCAUAACAAAGCAUAUCUUUUAAACAUUCCUAGUUGGGAUUGGAAAAGGGGUGACGACGCUGUUUGCUUAGCGGAACUUAAGUUGGGUUUUAUUGCGCAAUCAGUCUUAGCUCCCGGUUUUUCGACACUGAUGGCUAAUUUAUUUACUAUGCGAGCCUUUAAAUCUGGGUCUGAUAGAGCACACUGGCAAAACGAUUACCUAAGAGGCACUGGCAUGGAAAUGUAUACAGAAUACCUCAGUCCAGCUUUUGUAGGUCUAAACUUUCCAGAGGCUGCGGAGCUCUGCUUUGUUAAACUAAAAUUGUUAUUAAUAGCGAUCGAAGCGAGGAAUUACAGAUCUAAAACUCAAACAGAUUCAUGUAUAGCUAUCAAUCCAGGCGUAAAUGUACGUAUUGAGGCUGAUACGCAGGGUUUCUUUAUCGCCGAAAGCGCAGACGAGGUUAAAAGAGCCUGCUACUAUUGCGUCAAAUGUCAUUUUGAUGUUGAAGAGGAAAGAGCUAUAAAGAGAUGCAAGUGCCGUGUACCAUCUGGUCAGACAGCCUCUGUACCUGCAUUUGAUUACGAAGUUAUAGAUAGCACGACACAAACGAAAACCUCAACUACGCACGAAGAUAUUACCGUUGAUACAAAGCUAUUGGAUUCAACCGGAAUGUUCCAUUGGUGCCAAGAACGAGCAAUUCACUCGUGCAUCAUAGAAAGAGAACAGGCUGCUAAUCUUUCUUUUAGGAAUCACGUUGUCGUUUGUAUAUUUGCCGAUGCUACUUCUCCGCUAAUCGGUCUGAGAAAUUUUGUUAUGCCAUUAAGAGCGUCGAAUUUUCAUCUCAACGAAUUAAAGGAAAUUAUUCUUGUUGGUGAUAGAGAAUAUAUAAGAAAAGAAUGGAAAACUUUAUCAAACUUUCCGAAAAUAGUGAUUUUAGACGGAUCUCCUUUGAAUAGGGCGAAUUUGAGAGCAGUAAACGUACAUCUAUGCGAUAUGUGCGUUAUUCUAAGUUCUAGGAGAGCUGUUGAUGAUUCUAGUCUUGUAGACAAGGAAGCUAUUUUAUGUUCUUUAAAUAUUAAAGCAAUGACAUUUGAAGACCAAAAAGGAAUCGAUAUACCUAUGAUAACUGAAUUAGGAAAUGAUGCGAACGUACAAUUCUUAGAUCAGGACGAUGACGACGAUCCGAAUACGGAAUUGUACAUCACUCAGCCUUUUGCUUGUGGAAAUGCUUUUGCGGUUUCUGUCUUAGAUUCUCUCAUGUCAACAACUUAUUUCAACGACAAUGCAUUGACUUUAAUAAGAACUCUAAUAACUGGGGGAGCAACGCCUGAAUUGGAGCAAAUUCUAGCCGAGGGAAUGGGUAUGAGGGGAGGAGUAUGCGAUCUCACAACUUUCACGAAUAGACACAGGUGCAGAGUAGCUCAAUUGUCACUUUACGACGGGCCUUUGGUCAAAUUUGCGGAUAAUGGCAGAUAUGGGGAUUUAUUUACUGCCGCCUUAAGGACUUAUAGUAUUUUAUGUAUUGGGCUUUAUAGAUUAAGAGAUCCUGGACAGCCAUCUACCACUAAGAGAUAUGUUAUUACGAAUCCACCGCAUAAUUUUAUACUCCUUCCAUCGGAUAGGGUAAGAGAAUUUUCUGUAUUUUUAUCUCGAUUUACCAAUGAUGAAACGAAAUACGACUUGCUAAAGCUGUUCUCGGUCGCUUUUAAAAGUUGUUUAUAG